AUGGGUCCACUGAACCUGCCAAUAGCAGUAUUGGUACACUUCCAUAGUUACUCUGGUCCUGCGUUCCUAGAUGCAUGUUCUAAAUGUGUACCUGUGCCACCCAAAGUGUUUGAAUGGGUGGCUGAUGGAAAGUAUCUGUCAAGGCAACAAGUGCCCUUGCGGUUGAGGUAUGCAAUGACUAUUCAUAAGUCACAAGGACAGACACUAACAAAAACUGUUGUUGAUUUAGGUAAAGGAGAAAAAGUUGCUGGAUGCACAUUUGUAGCUACAUCACGGGUGAGAUCGAUUCAUGAUAUUGUGUUUGAACCAAUGACAUUUGAUCGCCUGAAAGCAAUUGGUAGGAGUAAAAAUAUGCAAAAACGACUCGAAGCUGAACAGCGACUUAAUUUAAAGUGCUUGCAGAGCAAGCUUGUCCAAACAUAUAAUAGGUCAUGA